AUGGCACCAAUCGCAAUCCCCGUUGCUGAACACAUUAAAGAGAAGGACACUGUCCAACCAAGAAAGGAUACGUUGAAACUGCCCGAGCCAGCCAGAAAGAGGCUUGAGAAGGCAGGUAUCGAUUUGUCCAAUGGCUAUCCAUACAGGCCGGCGAAGCCACUUUACCUCGACGAUGUGUACAAGAUCAGGGACUAUGAUCGGGAACACAUCGACCCAGGUUCCCGAGCUGACCCAGAGAAGAAGGCACUGCUCAGUGCUGCAAAAGAAGUCAUUCAUUUGACAGCACACAUCGGAACUGAGAUUGUUGGACUUCAAUUGAAGGAUCUUACAGACCAACAGAAAGACGAGCUUGGUCUUUUGAUUGCUGAGAGGAGCGUUGUAUUCUUCCGCGACCAAGAUCUCUCGCCUCAACAGCAAAAGAAGCUUGGAGAAUACUUUGGUGAAAUCGAAGUCCAUACGGUGAAGCCGCAAGUUCCUCAUGUACCAGGCGUACCAGGAAUAACUGUUCUUUGGCCCGAUCUCCAGGCGACGGAGAUACCUGCCAGCUUCAGGAAGACUGGCGGAGCGUCCCAGUGGCACACUGACUUGGUGCACGAACGCCAACCCGCCGGUGUAACUCAUCUGCACAACGACACCAUCCCAAAGAUUGGAGGUGACACUCUCUGGGCUUCAGGCUAUGCUGCUUAUGAGAAACUUUCCCCCGAGUUCAGGAAGAUUAUCGACGGCCGAGAGGCAGUGUACCGUAGCGCACACCCAUAUCUUGAGCGUGAUAACCCCACCGCCGGUCCAAAGCAUGUUGAGCGAGUUCACCCGCUGGUCCGCGUGCAUCCCGCGACGGGAUGGAAGGCACUUUGGGUCAACCGCGCCUUCACCGUACGCAUUGUCGGAUUGGACAAGGGCGAGAGCGAUGCAAUCCUCAACUAUCUCUUUGACGUGUACGAGAAGAGUGUCGAUAUCCAGGUCCGCUUCCGAUGGACCCCAGGAACGUCGGCGCUCUGGGACAACAGAAUCACUAUCCACAACGCCAGUUGGGAUUAUGAAGGAAAUGAGCCGAGGCACGGAACUAGGGUGACAUCAUUGGCUGAGAAGCCAUUCUUCAAGGCUGAUGCGCCGACGCGCAGGCAGGCAUUGGGCCUUGCUGGACCUGAAGAUAUUUGA